AUUUACAUUGAACAGAAGUACAAGGCCCUCUCGCUGGGCUCCCCCAGCGUUGAGGGUUUUAUAUAAUAUGCAGCGUGCUCGUCUCCACUCGCAACGCGCUGCGCAUUCGUACGUAUCCCGCCUUAUAAUCCGCCGUCUGGCUUCUCGGACCAGCCAGUUCAUCUGGACUGGCGUCCCUCGAUUCGUUCUGUACCCUACCCUACCUUCACAUCUCGCUGUGUCUUUCCUUCACAUCUCACACAAUGCUUCUCUUCCGGAGCGUGUUUAUCGGCAGCCCCGUGGCGCUCGCCUUCGUGGCGGGCUUAGCGCCUUCCGUAUCUGCUGCCCCUUGGUGGCCCAUGCACUACGUGAUGGAGGCGCUGCCGCCUGACACGCCUCAAUCUGCCGUCACUCCGGACGCGUCAAACAUUGCCAGUGCUGGGGCGACGAUGAGCUCCGGCGACCUUGACACGAUGCAACAGACCAGUGGCGCCAGCGUUGUCCAUCGUACUGGUGCCACAGGCGUCCUCGUCGGGAGCGCUUUUGCCGCCCUUUAUCUCACAUUUUGAUAGCUAUAUCAGCGGAUUUCAGCAACGUCAGUGCAGCUCAGCGGUGUUCAGCAGGGACGAAUAUGUUGUUCAAAAUUUCAACUUAUUUCCGUCAGUAGAUGCAAAGCCCAAAGCGUCAGCGGGUAUCAGGAACCGUCAGCGGCCGUCAGCAGAGAUCAUCCAGCGUCAGGAAAGGGGGCAUCUAAGGCAUGCUAGACACAUUGAACGAGACACGGUAGCAAAUUGGUUGAUUUAAAGAAGAUAUA